AUGGGGCUCCUGCUGCUCUCCAUAUGUAAGGUUGUUGGAGUGCUGUCCAUACUCUCUCAGACUGUGAGUGCUAAGGACUGUGUGUGUGAGCUGAAGAACACAAAACGAUUUCCGAUGGAGCAGCUGGAGAAAGUCGAAAGGAUUGCUUCCAGAUGCACCAAAGACAUCACGUCACAACAGUUAUCAGAGGUGGACGCUCAAUUGCUGGGACUGAAUCAUCGUCUCAGACAGCUGGAGAAGGACGUGGAGGUGUUGGAACGUGAAGAUGAUGGUGACCUGUAUGGUGCCGUCUCUCUGCGCAUCAUUGAGAUUGAACUUGCAAACAUCCUAGAGCUUAUGGAGAAGCUCAACACCACCCGUCUUCAUCACCGGAGUCUGAGCUCCAACGCUCUCAGAGAGUUGCAGACCAUGAGAGAAGAGAUGAAAGAGCUGGAGGCAUACGAUUACAUGCAAGUGGUAAAAAAACAGAGGGAGAACCAACGUUUAAAGAGGGAGCUUACAAAGUGCAGGGAUGACCUGGAGGCAACACCCCCACCUCCUACACCUGAGCCAGGUCACUGCCCUCACGGUCGCUUGGUGAACGUGACAGGACCCAAAACCAACACAGGCACCGAGUAUGGAACAUCCUACUCUUAUGGUGCAUGGGGUCAGGAUGCAAAUCCACCUGCAGGGAAAGAGAACUGGUUCUGGCUGGUGGCACUCACCAGCAGUAACGUGUAUGCCAACUACAUCAGUGAGUACAGCAGUCUGAGUUCUCUGAUUGCUGGUGUGAAGGUCAGAAACGUGGUCAUCGCCUCUUCCAACCCCACCACCAACACCAUCCAGGGACCCAACGUGGUCAUGUACGGUGAAGCACUUUAUUACCAGUGUUACUAUUCACCCUCCAUCUGUCGCUUCAGCAUGUCCCUGCAGAAAGUCACCACUGUUUCCCUGCCCAAAGAUUCAGGGUACUACAACAGCUACCCUUUCUGCCACCUAGGAGCCUGUUACAGCUACACUGACUUGGACCUGGCCACUGAUGAGUCUGGCGUCUGGGUUAUGUAUUCAGCACCAAACAACUUUGGCAAUGUGAUCAUCAGCAAGGUAGAGGCCGGGAGCCCUCCGGCCCUGGGCCGCACAUGGAACACCUCUUUGCACAAGCGCACGGCCACCAACACCUUCAUGGCAUGUGGAGUUCUCUAUGCCACACGUUACCUGGACAAAGAAACAGAGGAGAUCUUCUACUCCUUUGACACAGUGACUGGCCAGGAGCGCUAUGACCUGCACAUUCACAUCAAAAAACCAUACACCAACAUCCAGUCCCUCAACUACAGCCCUCGAGAUCAAAUGCUGUAUGUCUACAGUGAUGCGUACCUCCUCACGUACAAUGUCAUAUUUGAAUAA